CAGACAUUCAAAACGCCCAGACGUAGUAACGGAUAGUGAUCGUACAAUUCGUUAAUUUUUUUUACAAAAUUGUAUUUUUAAUGAAAACAUUUUAAUAUAAACAAAAGAUUCAACAAAAUAAUAAAAUUUUAAAAGAAUUUAAAACGUGUUUGAAAGUUAAAAUAGCUUACAGAGAUUUUUAAUUAAACAAAAACCAUCAAGAAGCAACAGAGAGAGAGUGUGCAUCAUCAACAAACUUUCAACAUGAGUAACAUACGUCUUUGGGAUAUGUUAAAAAUUAGCGUCAAGGCUAUCGAUUAUAAAUUCGAACAAUACCGUUUAAACACAGGCGCUACAAUUGUUGUCAACACCACCAAGGGUCAAGUUAAGGGUGCCAAACGAUUGUCAGUAUGGGGUAAUUCAUAUUUCACAUUCGAGGGUAUUCCCUUUGCUAAGCCGCCUGUUGGUGAACUACGCUUUAAAGCUCCCGAACCAGCUGAACCAUGGCAGGGAGUUAAAGAUUGUACGGGACCAGCUGAAAUACCCUUCCAGUCGAAUUAUAUUUUCAAGAAAUACAAAGGCUCUGAGGAUUGUUUGUAUUUGAAUGUGUUUGCAAAUGAGAUUACCUCCCCUACACCCCGACCUGUUAUGGUAUGGAUCUAUGGCGGUGGUUUUCAAAUUGGUGAAGCUACACGUGAUAUGUACAGUCCCGAUUACUUUAUGUCCAAAGAGGUUGUUCUAGUGACAAUAUCCUAUCGUUUGGGACCAUUUGGUUUCUUAAGUUUUGAUGAUCCCAGCAUCAAUGUGCCCGGUAAUGCAGGCAUUAAAGAUCAAAUUAUGGCUUUAAGAUGGGUGAAGGAAAAUAUAUCGGCUUUUGGCGGAGACCCCAAUAAUGUAACAGUGUUUGGUGAAAGUGCCGGUGGGGCUUCAACACACUUAUGUAUGUUGAGUGAAAGCUCUAAGGGUUUAAUAAACAGAGGUAUAGUAAUGUCGGGCAGUGUUUUGUGUCCCUGGGUAUUGCCACCACCUAAUCAAUGGGCUUUGAGAUUGGCCCAGGCGUUAGGCUAUAAGGGCGAGGAUAAGUCGGUAGAUAUAUAUAAAUUUCUACAUGCAGCUGCUGGACCUGAUAUACAAAAGGCUGUGUCAACAUUAUUGAGCAAAGAGGAGAAACACAAUCGAAUUUUAUUUGCUUUUGGUCCAGUGAUAGAACCUUAUAAAUCUAAAGAUACCAUAUUGGCUGAAGAUCCUUUGGAAGUGUUAAAGAAUACCUGGAGUAAUGAUAUACCCAUGAUGAUAGGUGGCACCAGUUUUGAGGGCUUACUAUUCUAUCCCGAAGUGACAAGACGCAAGGCUACCUUGAAUGAAGUGGGUGAUUGUGAGAAUUUAUUGCCAAUGGAUGUGAAAGUGGAGCGCCAUAGUAUAGAAGCCAAAGAAAUGGGUUUGAAAAUCAAAAAAGCCUAUUUGGGUAAUGAGGAAUGUAAACCGGAAACCAUGAUGAAAUUUUUAGAGAUUGAAAGCUAUAGAGAAUUCUGGCAUCCCAUUUAUCGCACUGCUUUAUAUCGUCUGAACUAUGCCAAGGCUCCCACUUAUGUAUACCGUUUCGACUUUGAUUCAGCCGAUGCCAAUGCCAUACGCAACCUCUUGUGUAACCGUGAAGUGAGAGGCGUGUGUCAUGGCGAUGAUUUGUGCUACAUCUUCCGUUUCAUAUUCUCCCAUCGCUUGUCUGUAGAUUCGGCAGAAUAUCGCACCACUAAGGCCAUGAUAGAUAUUUGGACUAGCUUUGCCACCAACAGUGAUCCCAACUGUCCCUCACUGCAGGAUGUUAAAUACGAGCCUCUAUCAAAGGACAAAACAUUUAAAUGUUUAAAUAUUUCCAACAAAUUGGAAUAUAUUGAUUUGCCAGAAUUGCAAAAAAUACAAAGUGUUUGGAAUACUUUUUAUCCCCCGGGCAAAUUAUAAAUAUGUAAUUGGAAACGAGACGCAUUUAAAUAAAAUUGAGUGUGUUUUAUGUAGUAUAUAGAAUGAAAAAGGAGCCGGCUACCUCAUGUACAUAAAACAGAAGUGAAGAGAAUGGCGUUCAUAAUUUGAUUGUGCAAUGCAUUGUUAAUUAUUUGUCCAGUUAAAUGUAAUUAAAUAUUUAUAAGGGUAUAAUGGAGUGAAUGGUUAUAUUACAUUUUAUUUUUAUAUUUAUAAGGUGAUCAAUUGUAAAUUACGAUUAAGUAUUUGUGAUUUUUGUAUUGUUGAACAGAUUUAUUAUUUUUGUUUACUUUUAUUGUAAUAUGAGAUUUGAUAUGACUAUUGUAAUGUGAAAUUAUUAUUGAAACAAAAUUAAAUUAUUGAAAAAAAAAAAUUAUUUAAGGGUUUAAAUUAUAGCAAAAUUUUAGGCAAUAAAUUAUUUAAGAAAGAUAGUA